AUUUUGAUAAGCUGUUGAUAAGGAAUGGGACCCUGAGUUCUUGGUGUAUAUAAGCCACAAGGGUUUCAGUGUGCCUAACUACUGAAGGGGAACUUAACAACACUGUUCAGCAGCUCCAGAGACACACAAAGAUGUUUCUACCGGCACAGAUGCUUGCCUUUGCUCUGAGUGGUUUUCUAAGGUUGACAAUUGGGUUUGACAUUGGAUUAUCCACUAAAUGUGUUGCCAUACCUAAGGAGAUGAGCAUGUGUCACAACAUUGGCUAUUCUGAAAUGAGGCUUCCUAACCUGAUGGGACACACAAGCAUGACAGAAGUGAUUUCAAAAUCCACUGACUGGCAGCAUUUGGCGCAAACUGGUUGCCACCCUUAUGCGAGGACAUUCCUGUGCUCUCUAUUUGCACCUGUCUGUUUAGAUACCUUCAUCCAUCCUUGUAGGAGCAUGUGUGCUGCUGUUCGUGACAGCUGUGCUCCUGUGCUGGUUUGCCAUGGACAUGCUUGGCCUGACAGUUUGGACUGUGAUCGAUUUUCAGCUGAUGAGGACAUGUGUCUAGCAUCCCUUACCAAUGAAUAUAAAUAUAUUCACAAAGUAUUGCCCAAGCCUGCCUGCCAGACCUGCCCAGCAGUGGAGGAGUUUUUUACACACAAAAGAAUCCUAGAAGUAUUCUGUGUCAAUAACUUUGCAGUGAGGGUGAAACUCUCCAAAAAGAGAACAAUUUCUGGUGACCAGGAAUAUAAUAUUGAAUGCCAGGUGGAAUUCAUUAACCAGGGUUUGCUUCUCCCCUAUGACACUCAGAACAUGAUACAGCAGUGGCUACUCAUCAAUGAAAAUUGUACUCAGUGGAUGACUCGGAGUCAUCGUCCUGUGGUGUAUCUCAUCGUGGGAAAUAUUGAAGAGAGCAUUGUUUUAGUAAACCAAGUUUACCGCUGGCAGAGGAGGGACUCUCAGUUGAUUCUGGCCACACGGAAAUGGAAACACCAUAAAUGUUUAUAAAUGUUCACCCUAUAGUCUCCAGGUAUGCAAUUAUAUGCCUUAUGCAAAAGAUAUCUUGUAAAUAGCAAUGUGUUAUAAAAUGAAAUGUAAAGCCUUUAUUGUAUUUUAUUUUUUUUAAAUGUGUUAUAUAGCAAGUUGAAUUCAUCCUGGGUGUAAAUGAGCAUAGUCUCUGAAGUCAAUGAUGUCCUAGCCACUUACCCCAAGUCUGAAUUUGGUCUACCAUGUACAAAUGUGUU